AUGACCUCACGGCACCCCACAUCUUAUCAGAGUUUGCAUGCAGAGAUAAUAGGCAGCGUUAGUCGACUGGAUCCGUGUGGUGCGAGCAGAUUGAGAAGUGCGGUGAUAUCUCGUCUGAACUGGAUGGCUUUAGGGUUCGUUCUGACCUCAUUGGCGCUUGACGGCGAUGAAAGACAGCUAACUUGGAUAGGAAAGGAAAACGAAGGAGGGGAUUAUCUCUUUUCAAUCGGCAACGAUCGAACAAGCAAUCAGAUCCUCCAGGGCGGUAGCAUCCAGAAUGGGCGAGGAGGAUGGCCAGAAAUGGGCAGACUGCUGUACAAAUCUGGCGCUUCUGCUAAAACACGUAUGGAGGAUCAUCAGCUUGGCUAUAUAAAGGUCCUGCUCGUGGCGAGUCAGCGGUACCCAUCAACCAUUUUUCCUCUUCCAUCCCCAGGUGUGGCACGCCUAACCUUCGCUCUCCCAUCCUCCACUUUGCUAGAAUCCACGUCUCUCGCUAUGGACUUCACCUACACUUACGGUGCCUCUGACGUCUCGCACACCAAGGCCAAGGCGGGCGACACUGACCGCUGGGCCGCCAGCCUGAGCCCACUCUUGGACGUUAACAAGAGUACCAGCAUGAGCCACCGGGAGCUCAUCAAGAUGGACACGACCGUUUUAGACAUUGAAAUGAAAAAGGCGUCCGUCACCCGCUCGGAACUUGAGAGGCGCCUCUCUGUGAGAUCGCUCCCAACGAUGCCUAUUUGUUCGGGACAAGCCUCCGGAGACCCUCUGCCCUAUAAAUUCCUGAAAUGGAGUUGGGCUUGA